AUGGUGGAGGAGGAAGAUGUUUCUAUUGAACUAUCUACUGAAAAUGAUGAUGAACUACAACUGACUGAUGACAUACAAUUAGAAUCGGAACAACUGCUUUCAAUAAGCCAAGUGCUUGUUGUUAUAAAUAAUGAAAACAUUGAUGAACAUUGUCAAGAAGAAGUCACUAGUGAUUCAACUAAUAAUGAGGAAGAUUAUGAUCCUGCAGAGCUCUGGCUUCAG